AUGAUCGAGUUAAAACUCAAGGUUCAAAAGCUGUGGUCCGUAGUGACCGAGGAAGUGGUGCUCGACAGCUCUUGGAGCUCCGCCAAGAAGCGUCGCUGGAAAGAGCGUUGGCUCAAAGCCCAAGCUGUUAUCGCUGGGUCGCUUGGCCCCCGAUUGGCUGGUCGUUACAGGCGACUGUUGGUGAGCUGCGACCCUGUGGCUCUAUUCCAGGAGAUCGAGAAAGAGUACAAUGCGGGCAGCGCCGCAAAGAACGACAUCCUGAUCAAGGCCGCAAUGUUUGUGCGCAAGCUGGCCAAGGGGGAGCGCGUAGACACCUACAUCGACGCGAUCAUGCAGCUACAAGAGGAUCUCCUAGUGGGUGCGAGAAUGAAGGCCAGGGAGCUCGAGGUUGGUAAAGUACGUGGGCGGCUUUUGACGCGAGAGCAGGGAGAGAAUAUGCGUGCUCCGGCCGGAGGCAUCGUGGUUCGCAACGCUUCGAGUGAUUCUGGUUCAGUCUGACUCAAAUCCAGUAUACCAGUUUUCUUCUGGGCACAGCCACAGCAGCAAGAAUUUCGAUCGCCAUGGAGGGGGUCAUCGGCAGAAUCAGAACCGAGCGCAUCAGAGCCGACGCCACUCUGUGAAGGCCGCCAUGCAACGCCGGCCGUGCCCCAAGUGCGGUAAACUUGGUCACUGGUAUCGCGACUGCUGGCAGAAGACAAGCCAAGAUGCAAGCAAUCGUCCUCCGAGCAAAGGAGGUCAA